AUGUUGCCGCGCUCUGCUAAUUCCCCCACUGCAAAAGGUAAAAGACGCCCUCACUAGGGGCCCUGUGCGGUUGAUGCACAGUGGCCGAGACUGUUUAGUCACAUGACCGCGAAACUAUGUGAACAAUGCCUUUGGAGGUGGCUUGCGGGUGUCUACGCGGUGUCAAUCAAUCAAGCACCUGUAGGUGAACGCCGACAUUCCUGACAAGAAAUUCAUUGACCUGCCUCCCAUUCAAUACUUGGGGAGAAUUUGGGUUGCGUUGCCGCAACCACUUGUGUCGCCAGCGACUUGACCACGCGCCCGUCUCUCCCUAGCUAGCGUUACGAGCAACCAUAGAGCAAGGACAGCGAUGAAGCAAUGAGUACGAGCAUGGUACGAGUAUGCUGGCCACGAAUAGAGAGCGAUUAAUUUGACUAAAAACUUUCCCUUCGAAUUUAAAAAUGAAAACGACUGAUAUUUUUUUAGUCAUUUUGUUUGCUGGCGAAGUCUGGCUACCUUUUUUUUCACUCUUUACACGGGCUUUUUGGAAAUUGAUUUAAUCCGAUUUAUGCAGGGUGCAUUUCAAAUAAUUUUUGUAUUCUACUUCGACCUGAAUGUGACAGUACUCAAUAUAAAAAGCAGUUUUUCAUUAUUUUCGGGCCAAUAAUUCUGCAAUUUGGCUACAAUUGCUCGUACACGUGCGAACUGACUUAGCGAAUGUUUUCAUGAUCAUAAUUAAAUUCUCUCUACCUUCAAGAAUUUCCCAUGAAUCUAAGCGAAAACUGCAUAAUGAUUGUCACCCGUAUGUACGUGCAGUCUGUAAUUUGCGAAUUUACUACGGUAGUUCUGAAUAAUGUAAGCAGGAUAUCGGCAAUUAGGUAGCCAGCACGAGAAAAACAACAGCGAGAAUAAGAAAAUUAGGUCUUUGUUUGCGAGGCCAAAGCACCUGGAAACAAUGUAAGAAUCAUUCUGGCGGGGAAAAAUUGCGAAUUCCAUUCGGCUGCGGACGACUUUGUAACCAAGAUGGCUUCCGUUCGUGCGUGUAAUGUGCUGCUGAUGUGGAGACGAACGAAGACACACCGGUUGAAACCAUGAUUUGGUUGCGAUUCCUGCAUUGUUUCGGCAAAAGAGGCGGUGUGAAGUGGAAAGAGAAAACAGUGAAUACUUCUGUGAACCAAUUUAUAAAAUAAAGGAUGCCAUAGUGUAGAGGCUUAGGUAAUUAACCAAAUCACCGGGCCGCAGGGUACCCUUCCCCAACAAAGGAAAAAAAACAUUUGAGAAAUGCAGAAGGGGACCCGGCCCCGGAACCUUGUCACCAACCAGCGGCAGAUGCUUCUGGAGAUCAAGGAGUCACUCCAGCACCUGCACGUGAACCAGGAUGCGACGGGGGCCGGUGGCUCAGGGUCGGGGGAGGUGCUGCGGCGGGCAGAUGCCGGCCGCAAGCGGUUCGGGGAGCACCAGAAGAAGCUGGAGGUGAUCCGCAACAGCCUGGGCCUGCCCAACGGUAUGGGCGAUCCCCUGGCCACUGCGGGACAGGCCGCCACUGCCAGCCAGGCAGCCUCAGCAGCCACGGCGACGACGACGACUAUCAAUAGGCAGAUGCUGCAGCAGCUGGUCAGCAUGGGUUAUGAAGAGGAGGUGGCAAGUAAGGCGCUGAAGAUGUGCCAAAAUCGGAGCAUCGAGGCGGCCGUGGACACCAUCAUCAACAGGCUGUCAUCCCAAGACACUGGCAGCGACAGUCUGGUGUCCAGUGCCAAGUUCCUGACGAAUGGAGGGUCGCGUGUCUCAUCAGUUUCGGCCACUGUUCACCGGAAACCAAGCUUCGAGGACCGAUCUGGCGGCAGUUCACCCAGCAUGGACACUUAUCGCUCCGAUGCCACACCCUACUACAACCACCCCGCCCUCAAGCCCGACAGCACCCGUAUACCCUCCAAUCCCGUCUCCCGCAACAACUCGUUUGAGAACUCCAAAGGCCUGCCGCAGUAUGGCGUCAGACAGUACACGACCAACGUCGUGAUCGGGGAGAGGCAGACUCCCCCACCCGUAUCGUCCCAGGGACUGUCCAAUCAUGUCGGGGGUCAGGGGUCCAUCCCCUCACCCAGCGGAGAGUACCGCCUUACCCAGACCAACCAGCCCAUGUACACACCCGGUCGCCCCCAGCAGAUGACUCAUCGGCUCGUCCCUGUGGGGCCGACGAGGCACAUACCCGGCAGCAUAGGAGCUACAUCAAGCUCCGGCACGCAAGGGCAGUCCAGAGACUAUGGCAUAGUGAGAUCAGCGGGUUUGCAUGGACUCGGAGGUAGACAAGGUGUCAACGCGGACAGGACUCAAACCGAUAUACGCACAUCGAUAGGCACAAGCCAAAGUAACUCUGGGAUUGGGAGGAUAGGAAACCAGACUGAACAGAGCCAAACGUAUUACUCGCAAAGCAGCAACGGCCAGCUGCAUCACAAGGGCAGUGUCAACACGAAUCGAUACUCCACAGGCAGUGACUCUGGCAUUUCGAGUGCCUCACCGAGUUCCCUAAAUCCCGAAGAGUAUCGCUACACUCGGCAGACCAUUACGGAGAGUGCGCAAUGCUACUUUGGGAUAUCGUCAUCCACGACUACGACUUACACGGUGGGGAAGCAGUUUACUCUUGCUGACCAGAACCCGGUCUACAACAUGCAGAGUACAGCACCUCAGUAUCACGCAGCCAAGACCUACCUGACGCAGUCAAGCCCUUUGGACAUGCAUCAGCAGAGUUUGUACUCGCAAGGUCAGAUGUCCCAGCGGCAGCCAACCGGCAGUGGCGGCCAGCAGUACGUCAGCCAGAAUCACUACGACAAGAGAUCCCCGAUCGAUCACCUGACGGCCAAGCACCUGCAGCAGCAGGGCAUGCCUGGCGAGCAGUUCCGCAGCUCGGCCCACAUUCUCAUUGCACCCCCUGAAGCGCCCCGGUCCCAGCUCCUGGAUCAGGACAUCAUCCACGCCAUGAUCAACAAGACACAGCCCCCGCCAAGCUAUGAGAUGAGCACCUUACACCGCCAGCAGCCGGGCAUUCAAAGCCAGGCGUCACCGGCGGCAAACAACAGCCCCGCCUCUGCACUCGGCCAUGACAGCCUGGUCAGCCAAAACCACAUCUUUGUCAAGGACCCUGGCAUGGUCAAGCCACCACUGAAACAACCUCCCAGCUACGAGGCCAGCACUCAGCAUCGCAUGAUAAGUAACCCAUCCAACUUACCAGGCGUGUCGCUUCAGCAGCCGACCUACAAUGCCAAUCUCAAUAGCUUUCAACCGAUCCCAUCCCAGAAUGUCAACGUUGUGAGUAAACAGCAGCAGCAGCAGCCUCCACCAUCCGAUCCUCCUCCUCAACCCAAACCGGCCUUGACUAUCGUCAUUUCCAGGGUCAGUGAGGAAGGAGGAAAGUUACCCCCGCCUUACCGGCUUCCCCAGACUGGGACUAUGCAGACCCACUAUGGCUCCGCCGCCAUGUCGUCCGGUGGCCCGUUGAGAAAGAUCUCGCCUCCUCAACCCGCAGCUGUUAAUACCACCACUGCCUUACCCAUAAGUGCCUACACAGGACCUGUUACGCAGUCGGUGCGCAGCACUGUCGUUCCAAAGCCUGUUCUGCAGACAGCCCACGGUCCUGACCAACCGCCACCCCAGAGGGGCCCCUCACCAGACACUAUUAGUACCUUGAGCACCCAGAGCACGCAGAGCUCCAACCGCUCCGAAUCCCCUCCCCCGAGGCCCAUCUCUCCGCCACUGUCUGAAAUAUCAACAACGUCCACCACGUCAGACACGGGUAGCGAAGUGAGAAAUGCCGGCGCUCUGGACGAACCCCAGGAGAAACAAAAAAUUGAAUCGCCAGUCCCCGAAAGAAAGAACAAGGGACGAGAUACGGACAAAUUUGAGUCUCGGGUCAAGUCCUACUCGCCCCAAGCAUAUAAAUUCUACAUGGAGCAGCAUAUGGAGAAUAUCAUGAAGUCGUACAAGCAACGAAUCAAUCGUCGGAUGCAGCUCGAAAAUGAAAUGGCCCGGGUCGGCCUGUCUGAGGAGGCCCAGAACCAAAUGAGGCUCAUGCUGAACCAGAAGGAGUCCAACUACAUUCGGCUCAGGCGGGCCAAAAUGCAGAAGAGCUUGUUUAAGAGGAUCAAGACUUUGGGCAUCGGGGCCUUCGGGGAGGUGACCCUGGCGCGGAAGAUUGACACCCGGCAGCUGUUCGCCAUCAAGACCUUGCGGAAGGCCGAGGUGCUGCAGCGCAACCAGGUGGCGCACGUCAAGGCAGAGCGGGACAUCCUGGCUGAGGCGGACAACGAGUGGGUGGUCAAACUUUACUACUCCUUCCAGGACCAGGAGAACCUGUACUUUGCCAUGGAGUACAUCCCCGGCGGUGACCUGAUGAGCCUGCUCAUCCGGCGGGAGAUCUUUGAGGAGGACCUGGCCAAGUUCUACAUCGCCGAGCUGGUGCUGGCCGUGGAGAGCGUCCACAAGAUGGGCUUCAUCCACCGGGACAUCAAGCCAGACAAUGUGCUGAUCGACAAGGACGGUCACAUCAAGCUGACUGACUUUGGACUCUGCACAGGGUUCAGGUGGACGCACGACUCCAAGUAUUACCAGAAACAGGGUCACAGCAGGCAGGACAGUAUGGAACCCAGUGAGGAGUGGGGCGACGCCUGCCGGUGCAUUGACAGCGGCAGUGGUGGCAGCAAUAAGAACGGCGAGUUCAAGGUAGGCCCGCGGAUGAAGACCCUGGAGCGGCGGCGCAAGCGGCAGCAGGAGCGGUGCAAGGCCCACUCGCUGGUGGGCACGCCCAACUACAUCGCCCCAGAGGUCCUGCUCCGAGUCGGCUACACACAGAAGUGCGACUGGUGGAGUGUAGGAGUCAUCCUGUACGAGAUGCUGGUGGGUCAGCCACCGUUUCAUGCCGACUCUCCGGCGGACACACAGUGGAAGGUGAUCAACUGGCCCACUACGCUGCACAUCCCGCCCCAGGCCAAGCUGUCGGACGAGGCCUCGGACCUGAUCCUGUGCCUGUGCCGGGACCAGGAGACACGCUACGGCGCCGAUGAGAUCAAGCACCACCCGUUCUUCCGCCACCUUGACCUGACCACCAACCUGCGCCAGACGCCCGCCCCUUACCGGCCCACCAUCCGCUACCCGACGGACACCUCCAACUUUGACCCGGUUGACCCCGAGCGGCUGCGGGCUGACUCCAACUCCAGCGGCGACAGCUGGGACGAUGGGCGUCACAACGGCAAGAGUCGGCCAGGGUGCGGCGGGCUUGAGAACGGCAAGCACCCUGAGCACGCUUUCUUUGAGUUCACCUUCCGGCGGUUCUUUGAUGAUGGCGGCCAUCCUUACCCGGUCCCCGUCGAGGACUUCAUGAAUGGCAGUGAGGAGACAGAAGCAAAACAGGAUGAUCCCUCGAAACAUGACAGCCACGAAGCCCAAGAGCCAGUCUACGUAUGAGUGACAGUUAGGCUAUACAACUCCUAGCCACUGCGAUGUGUCACUCAUUUGAGCAAAAACAAGCUUUCACUGCAUUCGACGAUGCUGGACAUGUAACUGUUUUUGACAUUUGCAUUUUUUUCAAGUUUCAAAACUUGGGAAAGUUAACCAAAAGAAGAAAUUAAGAUUGAAGGUGACCUAAAAAGGAUAACUUUGGUAACAGAAAAUCAAACAGUUUAAUCUGAAUGUGAGAAAUAUUAGACCCCUUGAGCAUUGCCUGACCCCUGAAAUGCUACCUCUUGAAAACACCUCGCUCUAUUCCGCAGAGUUUGACAUGGACAUCAAGUCAUGUAACAAACUGCAUGUACAACGUAGCAAAAAGGCAGAGAAAUGACUAGUACAAGGCGAGACAAAGCCAAAAACUUAAAAUUUCUUGGAGGUAAUAGUUUUAUUGGGACAGCUUGGGCGAUUCUGUAGUUAGCACACAAAUCAAUUCACACCAACGUGAGUUGAGAUACAAUUCCCUUGCUGUUUAACAGACCACGGGCCAAUUUCAUAGAGCUGCUUAAGCACAGAAUUUGCUUAAGCAUGAAAAAACCUUGCUUAAUAAGCAAAGGUUACCAGCUCAAAAUCAUAUGUGAUUGUUGUGCUAACCAAAAGAUCAGGUACCAUUCCAAAACAUUAUACAUCACAUGGAGUUUUGGCUGGUAACCUGAUUUGUCAAGCAAGGUUUCAUGCUUUAACAAAUUUUUUGUUUAAGCAGCGCUAUGAAAUUGGCCCAUGGACCUCCAUUCAAGUAAUGGAAAGCCGUUGAAGGGUGUUGCAGAGCAAGGGUUGAAUACAGAAAAGCACAUCAUCCUGUAAAGCAGUUUAAAUUUCCAAUCACGUUCACCCUUCAAAGACUUCUGACACCUACUUUGACUAAAACUGUGCUUCAAAAAUCUGCGCCGUCCCAUUCACUGGCGCCGACACGCCACUGCAGUCAGCUGGCUGUUUUCUCCCGGCCAGUGUUUUGAACCCGACGCGUGAAUGAGUUCCAGCUUACAGUCGUACGAGGCACCCUUUGCCGUAGCCCGCCUGAUGCUUGUUGCAUAUCUGGGGCGGCCUUCGGUGCCGUGCCUCAAGAAUGCGAGCCGGCUCACUUUACAAGUUGCGUCAAUCCCGUUCAGACAGCAGUUGGCUGUAUUUUUUU